UUAAAAAAAUUACUUUUGAAUAAUAUGUUGAAAAUAUACGUCUCUUUAUGAGAGUGAACGAUCGAGUAUUGUUGGAAGUUAAGUAAGAGAACUAUUUCAAGAUUGAAUCUGUUUUUUGCUUAUAAGAAUUCAAAUAAUAGCGCUUGAAGGUGUGUAUGCCAAGAUGGCCGAACGCACUACACUUCCAAUGCAUGGGAAGCAUAGGUAACUGUUCCUCCACACCUUCCUUCCACCAAGUUAUUUUAAUAUUUCAGUCUUCAAUAGACAGGAAACAGCUGACUUUGAACCAGCUGUCUUUGCGAUUGUGCAUUUCUCUUCUCAUUCUCAUUUCUGCGGUACAAAGACAAACUGCAAAAAAUAUUGAAGUUUUAUAGGUUAAUUAAUUAUUUUGUAGGUCAUUAACAUUUCAAAUGUAUUAAUAUUAUUAUUGUCGGUUGGAGUGCAAAAAUUAUAAUUUCUGGUUCAAUAUAAAUAUUAGCUAAAAUGGCUGCUGCUGGUCGCAAGUUGACCACAGGCUUAACUGGUAUGAAGGUUCUCAAUGAGCCUCACAAAAUUUUGACUUCUAUUUAUUCAAAAAUACUCUCAGUCACUGCCAAGAUGCCUGAAAAUGCUGCAUACCGAAAGCACACCGAAGAAAUUGUAAAAACACGUUUGGAUGUUGUUAAAAGUACAACAAAUGUGGCAGAAUUGGAGUCCAAAAUAAACUGUGGCCAAGCAGAAGAGUUGGUCAUUCAGGCUGAUAAUGAGUUGCAAUUGGCUAGGAAAAUGCUCGUUUGGAAGCCAUGGGAGCCUCUCAUCGCUGAUCCCCCACCUAACCAAUGGAAGUGGCCGCCUGUUAAAUAAUUCUAAUAUUGAAACCGAUUUCAAACAUGAUUAGUCAUAAUAUUACUUGUUUCUGAUAAUCCAUUAUAAAAAAAUACAAUAGUAGUUAUACCUUGCC